AUGAGAGUCCUCCUCACCGGCGGCAGCGGCUUCAUCGCUGCACACGUCCUCGACUACCUCCUCGAACACGGCCAUUCCGUCGUCACCACGGUGCGCUCGCAGCAAAAGGCGGACAAGAUCAAGGAGGCCCAUCCCAAGUAUGGCAAGGACAAGCUCGACUUCGCGCUCGUCGAGGACAUUGCAAAGGAGGGGGCAUUCGAUAAGGCCGUGGUGUCCGAUACUCCAUUCGAGGCCGUCAUCCACACCGCCAGCCCAUUCCACUUCAACGUGACGGAUGUGCAGAAAGAGCUCCUGGACCCGGCCGUCAUUGGCACCACAGGCAUCCUGAAGAGCAUCAAGAAGAGCGCACCAAGCGUCAAGCGCGUCGUCAUCACCAGCUCCUUCGCUUCCAUUCUCGAUCCAAAGCAGGGCGCUCGACCAGGACACACCUACUCCGAGAAGGACUGGAACCCAAUCACCCUGAAAGAAGCCAACGAGAACCCAGCAGCCGGCUACCGAGCCUCCAAAACCUUCGCGGAGAAGGCAGCCUGGGACUUCGUCGAGAAGGAGAAGCCCAACUUCACCAUCGCGACCAUGUGCCCGCCUCUCGUCCUCGGCCCAAUCGUGCACUAUCUCAACUCCCUCGACGCACUCAACACCUCCAACCAGCGGAUCCGCGACUGCAUGCUCGGCAAAUGGAAAGAGGAGAUCCCCGAGACGGGAGUUUACAUCUGGGUCGACGUGCGAGAUCUCGCACUCUGCCACGUGCUCGCGGCGGAGAAGCCCGACGCAGCCAACCAGCGCUUCUUCAUCACGAGUGGAUACUUCUGCAACAAGAAGAUCGCCGACGUGCUUGCGAAGGACUAUCCACAAUUGAAGGACCAGCCGACGGACAAGACGCCCGGUGGAAGGAUGCCGGAGAAGAUAUUCGAGAUUGACACGAGCAACGUGGACUCUGUGCUGAAGGGCUGGAAGCAGAAGGAUUUCGAGACGAGUAUCACGGAUACGGUCAAGAGUCUGCAAGCUGUUGGAGGAUAG